AUGCCUGGAUGGAGCUGCCUGGUGACAGGAGCAGGAGGAUUUCUGGGCCAGAGGAUUGUCCAAAUAUUGGUGCAAGAGAAAGAGCUGCAGGAGGUCAGAGUCCUGUACAGGACCUUCAGUCCAAAACACAAAGAGGAACUGUCCAGUACUCAGCUCCUGUUGGACACUUGUGUGGAAGCCAGCGUGCCAGCCUUCAUCUAUAGCAGCUCAACAACUGUGGCUGGACCAAACUCCUACAAGGAGACCAUCCUGAACGACCGUGAGGAAGAGCAUCGUGAAAGCACAUGGCCUGAUCCAUACCCAUACAGCAAAAGGAUGGCCGAGAAGGCAGUGCUGGCAGCCAAUGGGAGCUUCCUGAAAAAUGGUGGCACUUUGCAUACGUGUGCCUUAAGACUCCCAUUCAUCUAUGGGGAAGAAAGUCAAGUCAUUUCAACCGUGGUAAAUAGAGCACUCAAGAACAACAGCAUAAUUAAGAGACAUGCCACAUUCUCCAUAGUCAACCCAGUGUAUGUGAGUAAUGCAGCCUGGGCACACAUUCUGGCUGCCAGGGGCCUUCGAGACCCCGAGAAGUCACAAAGCAUCCAAGGACAGUUCUACUACAUCUCAGAUGACACCCCUCACCAAAGCUAUGAUGAUUUAAAUUAUACCCUGAGCAAAGAAUGGGGCUUCCGCCUUGAUUCCAGUUGGAGCCUUCCUCUACCCCUACUCUACUGGCUUGCCUUCCUGCUGGAAACUGUGAGCUUCUUGCUGCGUCCAAUCUACAACAAUAGGCCACCCUUUAACCGCUUCAUGGUCACGAUCUUAAAUAGCGUGUUUACCGUUUCCUACAAGAAAGCUCAGAGAGAACUGGGCUAUGAGCCACUUUUCAGCUGGGAGGAAGCCAAGCAAAAAAUCUCGGAGUGGAUCGGGACACUAGUGGAGCAGCACAAGGAGACACUGGACACAACGUCUCAAUGA